CGUUGGUCUGACCCAGUGUGUGUGUGUGAAUGUGUUUGAAUGAGUGUGUGACAGCAGCUGGCGGAGGUGACAUUCAUCAGUUUCACUCGUUUGGAAUAAAUGAAAAGCUACAAAAUCUGGAUAUUUACAUGAACCGGAGAUGCCCUGUGUACAAACCCAGUAUGCAUCCCUGCCCCAUGACACCUACUUCAGCUCUGAGUUCUUGAACGCUGACCUCAGUGCCAAACUGAUGAUGGACAUAAGUGGCCAAAAGGACCAGCUGUCUACGUCUUCGUUGCCCAGCAUCAACACCUUGGUGGGAAAUGGCUACAUGGGGGAGUUUGAUGCUUAUUCCUGCAAGAUUACCACCUCUCCUCCUGCCUCUACAGUUUCAUUCAGCCACGAUGCGGUAGCUGAAAGCUCCUGCCCUCAGAUGCAGAGCCAAGCCUUCAAGCUGGAUGAUCUCCAGGUGUAUGGCUGUUACCCAGGAUCCUUUGCGCUCAGCUGCCUUGAUGAAACACUGUCGUCAUGUGGCUCUGACUACUAUGGCAGCCCAGUUUAUGCCGCUACUUCUCCUGCAACGCCGGGCUUUCAGUCCCAGUCUGCACCUGUCUGGGAUUCCCCUUUCAGUCCCUACCCCUCAGCCCCCCAGUCCUCUGUGGCUGAUAAGGCCGCCAUGGCCCAGCAGCUCUCCUUUUUCACCUUCAGCCCGGCACCAGGGCAGCUGUCUCCCCUUGGGCAGCAUCAGGACGCUCUGCCAGGCCACGAAGACCCUUUCUUCCUGUCUCCUCAGCAGCAUGUCUCUCCUAUUCAUUGUCCCCCCAUGUCCCUGGAACACGUACCACUGGAAAGCCCCAGGAUGCUGGAGGGAGCCAUGACGUCUCCUAAAACCCACAACCCAGGAUCCAGUGAGGGCCGCUGUGCAGUUUGUGGUGACAAUGCAUCCUGUCAGCACUAUGGAGUCCGCACCUGUGAGGGCUGCAAAGGUUUCUUCAAGAGAACUGUACAGAAAAAUGCAAAGUAUGUGUGCCUCGCCAAUAAAGACUGUCCAGUGGACAAGAGGAGGAGGAACCGCUGCCAGUUCUGCCGUUUCCAGAAAUGUCUUGCAGUGGGAAUGGUCAAAGAAGUUGUUCGAACAGACAGCCUCAAAGGUCGCCGAGGUCGCCUGCCAUCCAAACCCAAGACUGUGGCUGAGGCUUCAUCCACGACCCCCAGUGUCAACAUAAUAGCCUCUCUUGUCAGAGCUCAUUUGGACUCAAACCCAACCCUUGAAAAGCUUGACUACUCCAAGUACCAGGAAACAGUGGACAACCUGAAAGAAAAGGAGGAUGCCGGCGAUAUCCAGCAGUUUUAUGACCUGCUGACCAGUACUUUGGAUGUGAUAAGAAACUGGGCUGAAACCAUCCCAGGGUUCACAGAUUUCUGCACAGAGGACCAGGAGCUGCUCCUCGAAUCUUCCUUUGUUGAGCUCUUCAUUCUGCGACUUGCAUACAGAUCAAAUCCUGAGAAGAACAAGUUGAUCUUCUGUAACGGUGUGGUCCUCCACCGACUGCAGUGCGUUCGCAGUUUUGGUGACUGGAUUGACUCCAUCAUGGAUUUCUCCCAGAACCUUCACCGCAUGAACUUAGAUAUUUCCUUGUUCGCUUGCCUCUCAGCGCUAGUUAUCAUCACUGAUCGCCAUGGCCUCAAAGAGCCCAAACGGGUAGAGGACUUUCAGAAUCAUCUCAUCACUUCUUUAAGGGAACACAUGAGCGGAAAUGGAUCAGAAUCAAGCCAGACCCAGCCCAACUAUCUUUCCCGUCUUCUGGGCAAACUCCCUGAACUGAGGACUCUCUGCACACAAGGCCUACAGCGCAUCUUCUACCUGAAACUGGAGGAUUUGGUGCCCCCUCCACCUAUAGUGGAGAAAAUCUUUUUGGAUACUCUGCCGUUCUGAAAAAACAUGAAAACAAACACGUUAUUUGUAAAGACAAAAAUGACAGACUAAAAGAACCCAAUGUGAGGUUUUAUCCUUGGACUCUACUGGUUAACAUCCUUCUUUCACACUGACUGUGCUGACAAAUGUCUGACAUUGUUCAAGAGACCAUUAUUUUUCUAAAAUCAAGUUUGAAUAUGGUACCUUUGUGAGUACUGCAGAAAGACUGAUAUUAGUUCAGUGAAACUGUCACAGACAGAGCUGAAAUGGUAUUAACAGUUCAGGACACAGUUUAUAUAUAUUUUGUGUGCAUUUGCAAAAUGACUUCAUUGCUGUGCUAAAUGUGUGAAUGUUGUCUUGCUACGCAACUAGUAAGACAUGGAUCCUUGGUGAGAUGCAAUGCAGUGAUACAUACUCGUAAUUUUCUUUAAAAAAACUAAACACACUAAUCUUUGAAAAAGCAUGUUUUUAAAGUUGAUUUUUGAUCCCACUAAGGUGCUGAGGUAGUAGACUGUUAAAUUUGAAAAGGCAGGCAGAACCACACCUCCUGUUUCUUUGAAGGACUGUGGAGUCCUACUCAAAAGAGAAAUGUUUACUCAUUUCUCUUUUGAAGAUAGUUUUAGUCCUAAUCGUGCUCCUGUGAAAGGUCUCGGACCAAAGUUUACUCUUAUUUUGAUACUACCAGUUACAAACCUUAUUGCCUUAAGCUUAACAAAAUGUUCUGCCAUAACUCUUGUGCUGCCAUUUUGCAACACCUCAUAAAGGCUGAUGCUGGCAGCGUUCCAGUGUUCUGCAUGUCCAUGUAAUAACAAAUUUUUUGGCCUUUUAAGAACAAAAAUGGACUUGCUGAAUGAAAAUGCAAAGUGCCUUUUAUAAAACCUUAGUCCUAGAACUAUAAUAAGUGACACUAAGUGAAUUUCAUUCCAAAUAUCACACACAGUGAGCCCCAUUUAUGACAGAAGUGAAAUAAUCAAUUCCAAUGUCAUCGUCACAACUCAUUUCAUCCUCGACUGAUGAAUAUAACUUCAGGUCUGUGCCAGCUUUUGAUACGAAGUGCCUGAAGGAUGCAAUUGUCAGUACAGUUUGACAAAGAGGAUACAAUACUUGAACACGCACUGUUGAACUGGAAGGACAUCAAGUGAUGACAGGUGGUUUAAGAUCUACAAGAACUGUUCACAUGUUUUUGAGGCAGUGAAAUUCAUAUCUACAGUGACACCGUCCAGCUUAGAGACUUAAUUAAGUUAAAUCUUUUUGUAUCCCCGAUUAGAUACAGUUUACCCUUUCUAUGAUUAUUUACCCAACAGUGCUUGAAAAUCCAAAUUCACUCUGUCUUCAUGAAAAACCCUCCUACCGUCUUCCACAUUCUUCUGAAUUGAGCAGUUUUUCUAUAUGUUGGAUUUAUUUUUUAUUUUCAUCUCAAAAUGGACUUCUGAAGAAAUCACAGUGAAAUGUGACAAGAAGAUGAGCAGCUAAGAGCACAAACAGUGUUCAAACAGUUUGAAGAAUACUUAUUUAUCCUACUCUAUGUGUUUUCUUUGGGCCAUGUGUGUGUGUGGACUAUGAAAUUACUGCCAGGGCUUUUGUAAAAUGGUGCAGGAGUAUUAAAAGAGAAUAUUUGAUAUUAAAUCUUUUUGAAAAUAUCAUUGGUUGCCAUUGUUUAAAGUAACCUGUCCAGGGUGUACUCCGCCUUUCGCCUGAUGUCGGCUGGGAUUGGCUCCAGCCCCCCGCGACCCUGUACGCAGGAUAAGCGGUUGACGAUAGAUAGAUGGAUGGAUGGAUUAUGUAGAAAUUGUACCUUCAAAAAACAGCUUCAAAAUCAUUUUCAUGAUACACUGACUUGUAAUAGGGAGAAUGACUACUCUCCCUCCAGGCCCGGAGAGCCUGGUUUUGCACUAUGUAGCAUUGAAAUCCCAGGCGAUAGCCAGAAUGACUCUUCAGCAAGCUAACAUUAGCGAAAUGAAGAAGCUAGCUUGAUAUUCUCAGUAUGAAUAUCAUGGCAGAGGCAGCAAAGACACUGAAGAAGAUGUUGUCUGAGGAAACGAGCCAGAGACCGGACAAGAGUAAAUAACAGACUGGCUUUUGCUUGUUGGCUUGAGAUAAAAGAGCUAAAAAAAAAUGCUGGUCAGACGCUCAGCGCUAGCUUUCUUGCUGUUGGACUAGUAGGUAAUAUUGCUGUCUUGAGUUGUUGCGCUUACUUGAUGUUAGGCUGUGUUAGAAAAGUUGUCGACAUGCCUAGUUUUUUUUAAUCAUAAGUAACAUAAUAAUAACAAAUGCAGGUGUACAGCUGUCCUUAUUUAUGACAAUGGUGAAUUACACUCUGAAACUGUUGGGGUGCCAAAUUGCCAACACUAAAACACUAAACCUUACAUCUUGCUUUAAAUGUUAGGAAAUGGAGAUGGAGUGAUAUAGAGUCUCCUGUAUGUAAUUCAUGUUGCCUUUGUCAGAUAAUAGUUUCUAUACUAUCUCUACAAAUAUAUCUGUAGUUUUCCCUGGUUUCAACUGGGGAAGAUCAAUAU